AUGGAAUACCGUCUAAACCAGGAGCUGAAUCUUGAACGUGAGAAAGGACAAGCUUUAAUUCAUAUAAAGAAAAUGGACGUUCUAAGGGAUCAAAAAAAGAAUCACAUGGAAUACUUUGAGGACAUCUCGAAUCUGUGGCUUUGUGGUUACCUGAGCAAAAUAAGCAACGAAAAGAUCCAUUAUCUUUGUCGCAAGAAGAAGAGGAGUGAUCACCUCCACAUUUUGAGCAUCUUGGCUUGGAACGACAUAAAUCUUUAG